AUGGACCCGUCCGAGAAGACGCCCAUGACGGGCACCUCCAUUUGUUUUCGGGAAUUUGACGUACCUCGACUCAGUCAAGCCAUAGGGAUCCACUUGCUUCAAUGGCACGAAGUCAACGAUCCAGAAAGUCAGGUCCUUGGUGAUCUUGGUUGUUGGACUGUCUGGGAAACCCAUCCCUCUUCAAUGAUUAAAUCCAUGGAUAUCACAGACAUUUCGUGGACGCGAGCUCCAGCUUGGGUCGAGCGGACAUUCCUUAGCGUACACCACAGUCAUGCAUCCUUUUGGUCUCUCGCAUCACUUGGGUUUCCAGAAACUCGCUCGAAAAGCCUGGAAUUCUCAUUAACAAAUCGUCCUUCUCCUCAGCACCAGGUUUCCCUUCCUCUGGACGAUCACGUACUAUGCUUCGAUUUCUUUUACUACGUAGGCGCUCAUCACACAUGGGAAUGGGAAUCAGACUAUUCUCCUGCAUGGAGAUUUAUUGUUGAUGCGCACUCCCGACGUGCCAUGAGUGAACCAACGCCUCCCUAUAUAUCGGUUCACAUACGGCACGGCGACUUCAGCCACCAAUGCAAGGAGGUGUCUGAGGCACAAGAAGAGCUUCGCACACGAAAAGGAAUUGAUGCUACACAUCUUAUCAUGACGAGCGACGAAAGGGACCCGGAAUGGUGGUCAGAUGUUGGAGCGUUGGGGCAUCCAGUGUUCAUCGAUGCUAUCAUUCAGUCAAAUGGAGCUGGCUUCGUUGGCACUCGUGAUUCCACGAUGUCCACACUAGCUAACCGUAGAGUGCAGUCGUGGAAUGACGGGGCGACUCAGCUCGUUAGAUGGGGGCGGCCAGGCGCAGACGACCACUGA